ACACAUUUUCUAAUAACCGUUUUUGAGUAAACUAAGUUUUCAACUCAACAAGAACAAAUCAUGGCAUUGAUGGCAGCAACAGCAAGCUCAGCAACUGUUGUUAAACAAUCUCCUUUCCUUGGACAAAGGAAAGGUGCCAGUGCCAAUCCUCUUAGAGAUGUUGUCUCCAUGGGAACUUCUAAAUUCACCAUGGGAAAUGAAUUGUGGUAUGGACCAGACAGAGUGAAAUAUUUAGGACCCUUUUCAGCUCAGACACCUUCAUACUUAACUGGAGAAUUCCCAGGAGAUUAUGGAUGGGACACUGCUGGUUUAUCUGCUGAUCCUGAAGCAUUUGCCAAGAACAGGGCUCUUGAGGUGAUCCAUGGAAGAUGGGCAAUGCUAGGAGCACUAGGUUGCAUAACACCAGAAGUGUUAGAAAAAUGGGUGAGAGUUGACUUCAAAGAACCAGUUUGGUUCAAAGCAGGAUCCCAGAUAUUCACAGAAGGUGGACUUGACUAUCUAGGAAACCCAAACCUUGUACAUGCACAAAGCAUUUUAGCAGUACUAGGUUUCCAAGUUGUUCUGAUGGGACUUGUGGAAGGUUUCAGAAUCAAUGGUCUACCUGGUGUUGGUGAAGGUAACAAUCUUUACCCUGGUGGGCAAUACUUUGAUCCACUUGGUCUUGCUGAUGAUCCUGUCACAUUUGCUGAACUUAAGGUUAAGGAAAUUAAGAAUGGAAGGUUGGCUAUGUUUUCUAUGUUUGGUUUCUUUGUUCAAGCUAUUGUUACUGGGAAAGGUCCUUUGGAGAAUCUUUUGGAUCAUAUUGAUAAUCCUGUUGCUAAUAAUGCUUGGGUUUAUGCUACCAAGUUUGUGCCUGGUUCUUAAACAUUAUCACAUUCAUGUAUCUUUAUCAUUCAAUUUUAAUUUCUGUGAAUUAUGUAUGAGACAUGGAAAUUAUUAUGUGUAGAUUAUGAAUAUCUUAAUAAUAAUAUUGUUGUAUUA